CACAAAGCGUCCACGAUGCCAGAGACGUCCCCCGUGAGGGUGCAUUUGGACUUCCCCAACCGCACCGCUGAUCUUCUUGUCAACUGGACCAAUAAGACCUUCUGCACCAGCGAGCAGCAAGUGGUGAUCCCCAGUGAACUCUUCUUGACUCUGGGAGCAAUGAGCUUUGUGGAGAACCUGCUGGUGGUGGCUGCCAUCGUCAAAAACCGGAACCUUCAUUCCCCCAUGUAUUACUUCAUCUGCUGCCUGGCUGUUUCAGACAUGCUGGUGAGCGUCAGCAACCUGGUGGAGACCCUCUUCAUGCUGCUCAUAGAGCACGGGAUGCUGCUCAUAGAGCCCAGCCUAGUCAAGCAGGUGGACAACGUCAUGGACAUGCUGAUCUGCAGCUCCUUGAUGUCCUCGCUCUCCUUCCUGGGCGUCAUCGCCAUGGACCGCUACAUCACCAUCUUCUACGCCUUGCGCUAUCACAGUAUCAUGACCAUACAGCGGGCCGCCAUCCUCAUGGUGUCUGUGUGGCUGGUCAGCAGCGUCUCCAGCAUCCUCUUCAUUGUCUACGACAGCACUGCUGUCCUCAUGUGCCUGGUGGCGUUCUUCCUGUCGGUGCUGAGCCUCAUUGCAGGGCUCUACAUCCACAUGUUCGUGCUGGCACACCGGCACGCCAGGCAGAUUUCAACCAUGUAUGGCAAGCAGCAUGCACCCCAAUUUACCAGUAUGAAGGGGGCCAUCACCCUCACCAUCUUGCUGGGGGUCUUCUUGAUAUGUUGGGGACCCUUCUUCCUCCACCUCAUCCUCAUCCUCAUCUGCCCCAGCCAUCCUGCCUGCAAGUGCUACUUCCGUUACUUUAGCCUCUACCUCAUUCUCAUCAUCUGCAAUUCAGUGGUGGACCCCAUAAUUUACGCUUUCAGGAGCCAGGAGCUCAGGAGAACGUUGAAAGAGGUGGCCCUGUGUCUCUGCCAGCCGGCCAGUGAGCGGGUCCGGGUGGGCGGCCAGGCGGGCCGGGAAGCAGAUACAGAGCUUGGGGCCGUCCUAGCUGCCGGUCAGAUCUCCAGAGUUCAUCAAGAUGCCGAGGAGGGUAGCGCGGGGUUCACGCCGGCCUCGGCGUUUGAGCUGCGGAGCUGGCCGGCGAGAGGCGUGGGAGGAGCACCCGCGGAAAGACCGGCCUUUCUGAGGCCUCCGGCUGGAAUAGCGCCCGGUAGCAGCAGCGCCCGGAGCGUCCGCCGAGGCCGCCGGGCAAACGAGGGGAAGGGCGGCUCCCACAGCCUCAUAGAUCCUCAGGAGCGGGGAGCCGCGGUGCAGACACAAAGAAGAGGAGGGCCGUGUCCCCUCCCUCUGCCCCCCUCCGGAGAAGCGGGCGGGGGCUGGCUUCCCGGCCCUGCUUCUUUGGGAUGCGGGCGCCUGAACAAAGGGCGGGAGCCGCCCAAGGACCAAAGCCCCGUCGCCCGGGCCUCCCUGCGCGCGCCGGCCUGGCCCCGGGGCUGGGAAGUGGUCGGCCGCGGGCCAAGCGCUGGAGUCACCCCGGAGGCAGCCUGUCGGCUCGGCUGCAGCUCACAAAAAGUGCAUAAUGAAAGCGAGUUGCAAACAAAACAAAGCGACCCUCCCCAGCCACAGGAUGGAAACACCGGCCAGACACGAAGUUCAGUUGCAAUCCCGACUUGUUCUCGCAACGAGGGGGGGAGGUGCGGGCCUGAAGCCCUCCGCACACGCUCAGAAGCGCUCCUCUCCAGCAGAGCCUCGCUGCGUAACACACAUGGAGGAGGCGAAGCGCCCGAUCCCGAGGGGCCAAAUCCAGCGCCGCCUCUUCGCCUUCUGCAAACGCGCCUGGUCCUGAUGCUGCAGCCGGUGCAGUAUUUUGCAGCGGCGCCUCCGGAUUGGCCGAGGCGUCCGCGAAACCCGCCGGCAGAGCCGGGCCGCCUCCUCCGAUCGCUCCGCGCCCAUCGCUCCUGCCGCUGCCCGUCGCCCUCCAGCCCGCCGUCGCCGCCGUCGCAGCAGCCCCGCCGCCGGUGCAGCAUGAGAGAGAUCGUGCACAUCCAGGCGGGCCAGUGCGGCAACCAGAUCGGAGCCAAGUUCUGGGAGGUGAUCAGUGAUGAGCAUGGGAUAGACCCCAGUGGGAACUAUGUCGGGGACUCUGAUCUGCAGCUGGAAAGGAUCAGUGUGUACUACAAUGAAGCCUCCUCUCACAAAUAUGUCCCCAGAGCCAUCCUGGUGGACCUGGAACCUGGCACCAUGGACAGUGUUCGCUCAGGCGCUUUUGGACACCUCUUCAGACCAGACAACUUCAUCUUUGGUCAAAGUGGUGCAGGGAACAACUGGGCUAAGGGGCACUACACAGAAGGCGCCGAGCUGGUGGAUUCCGUCCUGGAUGUGGUGAGAAAGGAAUGUGAAAACUGCGACUGCCUGCAAGGCUUCCAGCUCACUCACUCCCUCGGUGGGGGCACAGGAUCUGGCAUGGGGACCCUCCUUAUUAGCAAAGUCCGUGAAGAAUACCCAGACCGGAUCAUGAACACUUUCAGUGUGGUGCCUUCCCCCAAAGUAUCUGACACUGUGGUAGAGCCUUACAAUGCCACCCUGUCUAUCCACCAGUUGGUGGAAAACACAGAUGAGACCUACUGUAUCGACAAUGAAGCCCUCUACGACAUCUGCUUCCGGACCCUCAAGUUGGCUACCCCAACCUAUGGAGACCUCAACCACCUGGUUUCUGCCACCAUGAGUGGUGUGACCACCUCUCUGAGAUUCCCAGGGCAGCUCAAUGCAGAUCUGCGCAAACUGGCAGUCAACAUGGUUCCCUUCCCUCGCCUCCACUUCUUCAUGCCCGGCUUCGCUCCCCUGACGGCCCGCGGGAGCCAACAAUAUCGAGCCCUAACUGUGCCUGAGCUCACACAACAGAUGUUUGAUGCCAAGAACAUGAUGGCUGCCUGCGAUCCCCGCCAUGGUCGCUACCUUACUGUGGCCACAGUCUUCAGAGGACGCAUGUCCAUGAAGGAGGUGGAUGAGCAGAUGCUUGCCAUUCAGAGCAAGAACAGCAGCUACUUUGUGGAAUGGAUUCCCAACAACGUCAAGGUAGCCGUAUGUGACAUCCCGCCCCGUGGCCUGAAGAUGUCCUCUACCUUCAUUGGCAACAGCACCGCCAUCCAGGAGCUAUUCAAGCGCAUCUCAGAGCAGUUCACGGCCAUGUUCCGGCGCAAAGCCUUCCUCCAUUGGUACACGGGGGAGGGCAUGGACGAGAUGGAGUUCACGGAGGCUGAGAGCAACAUGAACGACCUGGUCUCCGAGUACCAGCAGUACCAAGAUGCCACCGCUGAAGAGGAAGGGGAGAUGUACGAAGACGAUGAGGAAGAGUCUGAAGCCCAGGGUGCCAAGUGAGGGCCUGGCUGGGAGCCACCCUCCACCCUCCCUGGGAAGAAGCUGCCCUUGGCACCACCCUGUGGCUCAUCUUCAUCUGCCAACUUUCCCAUCUGAUGAGUUUUAGACAACCAGCUUCUAGUUACUUCUGAUUCAAGCGUUCCAAAACUUAAAAAUUCAGUAUUUGACCAUCUUUUCUUCCUGCUCCCCAAUCUCCAGUUUUUUGAGUUAGUGCAAGUCCCAAAGUUAGUCACUUUGAUAAAUCCAAGGAUCCUGUUCUUUACUUUUUACUGGUCUGUGUCUAUUUUUAUGUUUUGGAAUACUUAAUAAAUUUGUUGCUGUCCA